GCAAAGCAGAUUGGAUGACGAAAACUAUGUGGACUCUGUUUUUGAGCUCAUAUUGAAGUCUGGCUGUAAAAUUCGGCUUCAGGCUUGUAAUAGAAGAAUUAGAGACCAAUGGGUCUUCAAUCUGCUUCAGCUUCGAGAGUAUUGGGUGAAGAAGAAGCAAGAAGAGUUGGAACGCAUUAUCAAUCUACGGGAGAAAAAUAUUAUUGCUGCCAAUCUCCCAGACGACAAAUACGAAUCAGUCUUAACUGUUGACGACAAUCCAAACAAAUGGGAGCUUUCCAAAGCGCACACGGAUCCAUAUCUUUAUAAUAUAUCAUCUUGGUCGAUAGACAAGCCUUUGAUGAUGAGUGGAGUGCUAUAUCAAAAGAGAAAGAAACACAAGAGCUUCAAAGCGUUCUUUGUUGUGCUAUGUCCGGGAUUUCUUGUGCUUUAUGAUAUGUUCAACAGAAGUUUCAAGUCUGGAACUAUCAAGCCCACUGCGUACUACAAGCACUAUACGACAAUUAGCCUAGGAAACUGCUAUGUUUUUUGCGAUUCUUCAAAUGAUCUUGAUGUUUCGAUUCGCGAUUCCACAUUGAGUAGAGUUGCCCCCGGAAGUCACCAGGUUCCGCGAAUCUACUCUGAUGGAUGGAAAAGCAGCGAGGACGAACAUUGUCGCCGAUUUACAAUAUGGUUUGGAUCCAAAAGAGUCAUGAUGAGAAAUAACAACUCAAAAAAUGUAAUUUUGAACGAUCCCCACCUUGACUCCUCUUCCGACGAAGAUGAGGAAACAGUGGACAAAACCGAUAAAAUCAGUUUGCAUGACCGGGGCAAAAUGCUGAAGACUGUGUCCCGCCUAGGAGUGACCGGCCAUAGCAUGGUAUUUCUAGCUAGAUCGCGGAUUGAACGAGACCUAUGGGUGACCAAGCUUCUCAAUGAGGUUGAGCGAUUUGGUCUUGGUGACGAGGAAGAAGUUCAGUUUUCUUAAUAAAUAUUGCUGCAAAU